CUGUCUAGGCCAGUGCUAUAUAACCCGUCCUGACCGCUGUCGAGUUCAGCAUCCCGCCUCUCCUUUCCUCUCCUUUCCUUUCCUUUCCCUGCUCCGCCUUUCCCUUCUUCUCCUUCGUCUGUCUUCUUUUCCUUUGCCUCUUGACUCGAAAACAAUGAAGUUCACCGCCCUUGCCCUCCUCGUCGUGGGCGCGGUGUCGGCUGCUCCUGCCCCGCAAGGCGCUAGCACCUUCAACCCCGCUCCAGCUGCUCUUGGUACCGACUGGACCGACAUGACCGGCUGCACGUGUCUCGGCUGGCCUUGGGCACAGGCAAAUGGCAAGCAGCUGGGCUGGUGCUGGAAGGAUGGCCAAAUGAUUCAGCGCGACCGCAACCUCAUCCGCACUGCCGUCACGGAGAACCGGCGCACCAGCGAUGCCAACGGUCUGCAGGCUAACAAUUGGUGCCGCGCCCGCAACAUCCCCCACGCCUCCUCGGAGUGCGCCACACGUGUCAUCCGGGAGUUCUCUCGCACUCAAGGCCCUGGUCUUCUCUCCCUUUGCCAGUACCCCGCCCCUGGCACUUUUACCCCGACUUCGUGCGGCUGCGCGUACAACUGCAACCCGGGCUACGUCCGCUGCGGCCGCUGGUGCGUUCGGACCGGCACGCAGUGCAAUGGCGGCGUUCCUAUCGAGUUUGCCUGCGGUCCCGGCUUCUGGAGCUGCAACCGCACCUGCAUCCGGCUCAACCAGCCCUGCAUUCCCAGCCCUAACCAGCCUCGUAACAUGCUCGCCUCGGUCUUCGACGAGCGCGACGUUGCGGAUCUGGAGGACCGUGAUGUCGACGAGCUAGACGAGCGCGACAUUGAGGACCUCGAAAACCGCUCUGAGCCCGCCUUUGACCUUGAUGCCCGUGACGCCGACGCCGAGGCUGAGGCCGACAACCACAACCGGUGCCGCCCCGGGUGGGUCUGGUGCUCGUGGUGGAACCGGUGCUACCAGCGCUUCUGCCCCAAGCGCCCCGUUUGCAAGAAGGGCUGGCACUGGUGCCGCGGCCGCUGCAUCUCGAUCAAGUUCAAGUGCCCUCGCGCCGAGGUCGACGAGCUUGAUAUCCGCGAUGCUGAGCCCGAGCUCAACGCGAUGUUCGAUGAGCGCGACGAGACCUUCGAUGAGCGCGACGAGACCUUCGACGAGCGCGACGGCGAGCCUGACAUUGACGAGCGCGACUUCGAGGACGCCCUUGACGAGCGUGACUUCGAGGACGUCGAGUCUCGCGACUUCGACGAGCGCGACGCCCAGGAUGCGGCUGGCUCCCCCUACCGGCCGGAGCCCCUUCCUCCCUACCCCGUUCCUCCGCCUCACACUCCCGUGCCCCCUCCCCCGCCUCACACUCCGGCGCCCCCUCCUCCCCCGCCCCACACCCACAACCCUAUCCCCCUCCCUACUCCCAAGCCUCCCCAGCCCAUUCCCCCUAUCCCGCUCCCCACUCCCCAGCCGUGGUGCCGCCCCGGCUGGACUUGGUGCCGCGAGUGGGGUCGCUGCUUCCGUGGCCGCUUCUGCCCUCGCCGUUGCCGCAUUGGAUGGCAGUGGUGCCGCGGACGCUGCGUGCCUCACUGGUUCACCUGCAAGCGUGAGGAAGUCAAGCGUGAGGAAGUUAAGCGUGAGGAAGUCAAGCGUGAGGAGGUCUAG